AUGGUCAAAAUGAUUGCGGGGAUGGUACUGAUGAGCCCGGCGAAACAACGUGUUCCGAUUAUCUCGGCCGUGUCAUGCCUUCCAGACUUUGCGACGGAGUACUUCAUUGCCAUGAUAGGAGUGAUGAAGAUCCAAAGUUCUGCAAAUGCUUUGCGAAACAUAGUUAUAGGUAAAUUCAAUUGGUGUACGGGAAAUUCUCAACAAGAAGGUAGUUGCGUGGCUUUUGAUAUGGUUUGUGACGGUAUUCAUGACUGUCCGAAUGGCGAAGACGAAAAGACGUGCAUCGCGUUAAGUGCUCCGCAAGGCACCCCGUAUGGUACAGGGAAGGUCAUAGUUCGUUCUCACGGGGUAUGGUACACUAAAUGUUACGACUCGCCGAACCACACAAAAUCAGAUUUGGAAGCAAUUUGCAGGAAAUUAGGCUUCAUCAGCGGUCAUGCGAAGCAACUGGAGAUGCUUGAUAAACUGAUCACACAUCCAUAUAACAAUGUUAUCUUGGAUACCUUUAAUGAGAUAAUUUUUAAUAAUAAAACAGUAAUUAAAUUGAGGAACUCACACGCACCAAUAGCGAGAGCUGUAUUGGACGAUGAAUUAGAAAAUUGUUACCCAGUUUUUAUUGAAUGUUUG